CAAUAUUUCUGUUCAAAGUCACUCGAGUGCAAUAGUAUCAGGCAUUAUAACCUGCCAUAUGCCAGAGCUUUCCAGGAUCAGGCAAAAGGGAAAUACCACUUUCACACAGUUCCUCCAUUUUAUUUGCUAAGCAAUAUCCAAAUACAGUAGCUGCAGCUAUAGCCAGUGGCAGCAGAUGAAGUACACCUGCAGAUAGAGAUCUUCACUUUCUGCCCCUUAGAGUACACAUGAUGUUAAGCUUCAAUAUGAAGCCAUUCUUGGAUCACUUUCUCUCACUCGCUCAACUGUGAAGUCUCCAAAGUUCUCUUGUUACAGAUUUUUGGACUGUAAAUUACAAUUGAUAAAGAAAAAGCUCCAUGGAAGGAAACUAUCUGAACAGAAACAGCACUACUCCACAGAGAGAGGAUCAUAGCUUUGGUUUUGAGGAGCAUCCAUGGGGAACUUCAUGGCCUGCUAGAAACUAUGCUUGUAGCUUUUGCAAGAGAGAGUUUAGGUCUGCUCAAGCAUUGGGUGGACACAUGAAUGUUCACAGAAGGGAUCGGGCAAGAUUGAGAUCAUCCUUAUCUUCAUGGGUUUCUGAAUGCCCUAAACCUAACCCUAACACUAAGCCUAAUAAUAAUAACCCAACUCUUCUUCCACCACCCCCUUCUUCUUCACCAUAUCCUUUAUUAUCUGAUGAGCCUUUGAACUAUGCACAUCCUUCUCCACUUUGUAGUCCUUGUCUCACUUUGUCUUCUUCACCCUCCCCAGCUUCUACCAGUGGAGACAAGAAACCAAGACUCACCCCUUCUCAUCAUCAAUUUCCUCUUUUGAGUCCUCAAAGCAGCCAAAUUAAGAUGAUGAGUGAGAACACAAGGAGUGAUUUCAGUGCUGAUGAGGAAAUGAAGGGCUAUGUGGAGGAGGAGGAGCACAAGGGUUUCCAGAAGAAUGAGCAAAACAUUACAUUGGAAUUAGGAAUAGGGUUGCUUAAACACCAAGAGGAGAAGUUGGAUUUGGAGCUUCGACUCGGGCAUUAAUUUCUAGUCAUCAGGUGCAAUUUUAUCAAACUAAUUAAUGUAUUAUGGCCAAGUAAUUUGCAACUUCGUAUUUGUUUUAAUUUCUUGCACUAAUUUGGGAAUCCAUUUCAAG